AUGAGUCGGACAGCAUCAGCCGGGUUCGAUCGUGACAUAACUAUUUUUUCACCCGAAGGUCGACUUUAUCAAGUUGAAUAUGCUUUUAAAGCAAUCAAUCAAGGCGGCUUAACAACAGUUGCUAUUCGUGGUACAGAUUGUGUUGUUGCCAUUGCUCAAAAAAAGAUUCCAGAUAAGUUACUCGAUCCAUCAUCUGUUACACAUUUACAUGCCAUUACACCAACUAUUGGAUGCUUAAUGACUGGCAUGGUCGCUGAUUCCCGCUGGCAAGUACAACGAGCUCGAUAUGAAGCAGCAUCAUGGAAAUAUAAAUUUGGCUUCAGCAUUCCAGUCGAUGCUAUCUGCCGUCGUAUAGCUGAUAUUUCGCAAGUUUAUACACAAGAAGCUGAAAUGAGACCACUUGGAUGCAGCAUGAUUUUAUUUGGUAUGGAUGAAGAAAAGGGUCCCAUGUUGUACAAAACUGAUCCAGCCGGAUACUUCUGUGGAUUUCGUGCAACAAGUGCUGGUGUAAAACAAACAGAAGCCAAUAAUUUCUUAGAAAAACGUAUCAAGAAAAAAUCAGAUUUGACCUACGAGGAAGCUAUUGAAUUGGCUGUUUCAACAUUGGCUAGUGUACUUUCAACUGAUUUAAAACCAAGUGAAAUUGAAAUUGGUGUUGUUACAAAGGAUAAUGUUAAAUUUCGAGUCCUGACAGAAAGUGAAACAGAACAACAUUUGACUCGUAUUGCCGAAAAGGAAUAA